AAAAAAUAGCAUCUAUGUCAAACAUGGAGUCUUCAAUGGGCGGCAUGGGGCGUCCAAAGUUUACGCAGUCCGAAGGAGUUGGACAGGAAGCUUGCUACAACUGGCCGCGGGGCGAGUGCAGGUUUGGGGGCUCUUGUAACCGAGACCAUCCUUCUAAUCUCUCGCCACACCAGACAAAGGAGCUACCAGAUUUCGUCGUUGACAACGAGCCUGGCAAGGCGUGUCGGAGGUGUCUUGGUCUUGGUGUAGAGGCAAUACAGUGCGAUAAACUGGGCCGUCCUGGUAGCGACGAUCCCUGCUCGGAGUGUCGUUGGUUUGCUGGAGGGCCGGCGACCAAAUGCACGCUCUCUCUCAACACCAGCCUCAACGACACGUGCUGGAACCUGAUGAUAAGCCGGGGCAAUCAUGGCUAUACAUUGCCAGAACCGAGACCCAAAGAUCAGGCUAAGCAAGUCCCAGCCAAAGCCUUGCAGGAUCUAGCUCGUCAAGGUCGACCUUUGCCCCCGGUUCCCUCUCCGAUGAAUGGCGUGAGGGCUGACUGGAAGGGCGAGACAAAAGAGGAGCUCUUAGCCAAGCCGCAUCCGCUUCCACCACAAGUUCGCGCACACCCACGUGCAUACCUGGUCCUUCCGCGGGUUUCCUCAACAUUGCAGAAGAUCAGAACCUGGAACGCCACGUCCACCCAAGGCGAUGGGAAGCGUAAACUGGACGACCAGGCUACUCCAGCCCUUCUGCCUGCAGCCCCAAGCCCUCUGCAGCAGUACCUGCCACCUAUCACGUCUAUGCCCACCGACGCAUUUGGUCGUCAGGCAAUUAGGUGUAUGUGGAACAACAUUGACAAGACCUGGACGAACUGGUAUGCCGACGGCUCUAUGACUGUCAGCGCCUCAUACAAUGCUGGCCCAUCGUCUCAGCUACCGUUUGCUGCAUCUGCGACGCAGGCGAUGCGGCCUUUCGGUGCUCCACCGUCCGCUCCCAAUCAGCGGCACACUCAGCCUCUUCAGGCGCCUCUGCCCCGGAACCUAUCUCGCCCAUACAAUCACGCACUCCCCCCUCGACCAGACUUGCAGUCAACGUCGCGUACAGCCGUAAAUGCGGUCGCUCAGCCCUUGACCCGUACCAGUGUUGAUGAAUAUUCGCGAUCGUCGAGUAAGAGGCCGCGCAUAAAUGAAAGCACUCCACAGCUAGCCACCAGUCAGGCGUCGCGACAAGAAACUGUGGCCGUACCUGAUCAAAUGGACGUAGAGCCUACAAAAGCGCCGGCUACAAAUGCUACCAUGAUGCCGGCGAUAGGAAUGAUCACCGAAAACGAUGAGGGCGACGAGGAUGAGAUGAAAUUUGAUGACUUGACAGAACUCGAUAUAUACGAGGAGCAGUAG